AUUUAUAAUUUAUAAUAUGUUUGUGUUGAGGUAAUUAAUUUAUUAUGGAUGUGAGGUGGUGCCCAUUGUUAUUCCUCCUACUCCCACCCCUUCUUCCACAUCCUUUUGUUUUCCUUUUGUUUUCUUUUCAUUUUCCUCUGUUUUAUCUAUUUUUGCAUGGCAGAGCAAAUUGAUGAUCCCUCAAUUCAAGCAUGGCCCCUAAUUAUAGGUUUCUUUAGGUCAUUUCCAUGGUUGGCACUUCCAUUUCUCAUCAUUCCUUCCUUCUCUCUUUCUCUCCUUUUCUCUUUUCUGUGAGCCUCUUUUCUGCAGCAUGAAGAAUGUCUGUUGGCCCUACUUUGAUCCUGAAUUUGAUACCCUUCCUGAGAGGAUCAAUGGCCCAACUUGCAGGGUCUGUAUUGACAAUGAAAGCAUGGAGGAUUGCACCAUUGUCAAGGUGGAUAGCUUGAACAAACAAGGUCUUCUUCUUGAGGUGGUUCAGAUUUUGACGGAUUUGAACCUUUCUAUCUCUAAAAGCUACAUUUCUUGUGAUGCAGGCUGGUUCAUGGAUGUUUUUCAUGUGAAAGAUGAGAACAGCCACAAACUAACCGAUCAGAAAGUCAUCAACUCCAUCCAGCAGGCCAUUGGUACAACUAAGGGUCCUGACAACUCGGCCAAGACCAGAAGCUAUGCUGAGAGCCUUCUGAAAUCUGAUAACUCCGGCGAGCAUACAGCCAUAGAAAUAACUGGCACCGACCGGCCCGGUCUCUUUUCCGAGAUAUCUGCAGCAUUGGCUGAUCUUCAUUGCAACGUUGUGGAGGCUCAUGCUUGGAGCCACAAUGCUCGUUUGGCCUGCAUUGCUUACAUUUCAGACCAGUCUACAGACAGUCCCAUCGAAGAUCCCCAUCGGCUCGCCACCAUUGAAGAGCAUCUCUCCACUGUCCUUAGGGCGGCCACUGCCCCUCUGAUCACCAGUUGGGCGCACACACUGCAACAAGAAGUGAAAAAAUCAGCCACCAUAACAACCAAUGUUGAGAGGCGGCUUCACCAGCUCUUGCUCUCGGUUAAGGAUUAUGAUUGGACUUCUGAAUCCAUUUCAAAGAGACGGAAAAGCAAUGAAGAGUGGAGGAAGAUAACGGUGAGGAUUGAAAGCUGUGAUCAGAAAGGAUAUUCCAUUGUCAGCAUUGAGUGUAAGGAUCGGCCAAGGCUUAUGUUUGACACAGUUUGUACUCUUACUGAUAUGCAAUAUGUAAUUUUCCAUGCUUCCAUUAGCUCCAAAGGAGAUAAUGCUUUUCAGGAGUAUUUUAUCAGACACGUGAAUGGCUACGCCUUGAAUUCAGAGAAUGACAAGCAAAGGGUGGUAAAGUGCUUAGAGGCAGCUAUUGAGCGUCGAGUUUGUGAGGGAGUGAGGCUGGAGUUAUGUGCAAACAACAGGGUGGGAUUGCUAUCAGACAUAACAAGGGUCCUGCGGGAAAAUGGGCUGAAUGUGGUGAGAGCAGACAUAGCAACACAUGGAGAGAAGGCAAUUAAUGCAUUCUACGUCAAAGACAUUUCAGGCAAAGAUGUAGACAUGGAGAUGGUGGAAUCCAUGAAGAAGGAAAUUGGCCCUAUUGUCCUUCGAGUCAAGAACGAGACAAGCCCUCCAUCCACGCCUCAAAUUACCAGGUCUCGUUUCUCCUUCAGCGACAUGCUCAAGUCUCAGAUUGAGCGCCUCUCUCACAACUUCAUUGCCAUCAGGCACUGAUUCUGUCUUUUCCCUGGCAACAAGUCAAAGGGAUUACAGCAGAAAAAUGAAGAAAAAGUAAAAGAUGACUGUUAGAUGUUUAUAUGUGUAUGGUAUUGACAUAGAGUUGACUGUAAAUAGUAUGGGGUUUGGCAAAAUGUGAUGUGGCAGAUGUUAGAUGCAAAUGUACUGUGGAGUAGAGAUUUUCAUACACAUUCAUAUUAAUGAUGCAAAGAAAUGACUGUAUAGCAUUGUGAUUUGUUGAAUGGAAUUGACGGCUUCCAUGAGCCUAAACCUUUG